CAGCAGGCAACCUUCGCCGUGCUCUGUGCUCUGGUGCUCUGGUGCUUACUCUGCUGGGGUACGUGCGAUUGUGGCUUUGUCUUCUGGCUCGAGGCACCAAGGACAGCAGUGCCCUGGCCCUGAAACAGUGUCAGCGGGGGUUACUUCGAAAACGGGGGUCGGCGGCGCUAUGAUACAGCAGUAGCGCAGAGGGCGGUGGUGGUCUCAAAAAGCAUGACCGUCGUAACGCCAUGCUGACAUAGCAUAGUUGCCCACCUCCUCGUGGAGAACCGUGUUCUUUGGCCGGGGGCACCAGCUACGGCCGUGUUCUGAGAGGGGUAGGGGCUGGAUCGGCCGAUUGAUUAAGAGUCCCUCUUGGCGGGUCGAUUGUGGGUGCCACAGAAAGCGAGAGCCCCAAGGCAACUCGAGUAUUGGUCGGAGCUGUAAGCUGUACAACCGGUUCAGUCUCGGGCGGAAUCGUACAGCCACCGUCAAUGCCUCCUGGGGAGGAACCCUCCCUUGAUCAUCAUCGAGACGGGUCGGAAAAGGGGCCAGCGGUUGCGAAAGACAGCUUCGGGUUUAGCACGGACCAGCACGGACAACAGCAGCGCCCGGACGAAAUCGGCAGCGAACCACUAGCCGCGAGCGGAAGCGGCGCCGGCGCCGGGGGUUUGUUGCUGCCCGCGAGGCGUUCCGUGGCGGAGGCGGUGGUUGUUGUUGUGCCCCCUAGGCUUUUCGUGGCCGCCGCCGGCGAAGGGAUCAGGCCGGAAGGGGGGUUCUCCGCGAGGAGCACGGCGGACCGGCGUUCUCCGGAACGCUACGCGGCACGCGCUGCGAAGCGUUCUGUGUUCGGGACAGAUUCCCUCCAGAGGCGACAGCCGCCACCGCCGCAACCAACGACCACCGACGGGCAACAGCAGGAAGCGCCGCUCGGAGGGACCCAUUCGGAAAGGAGGGCUUUGGUUGAAAGGUUGUUGCCGGAAAGCUCCUCCGUGGACUCCUUCGAAUCUUCGGACGGGUUGCUGUUGCCGGACUCCUACACGGGUCCUCGCGGUCUCGAUUUGGUCCGCGGCGACGGCGGCGGCGGCGGCCGUAGCGGUGGUGGCCCGAGCGGGGUGGGAGUGCUAGGGUUUUCGGACGCGGACGAGUUCGCCGAGGCGGAGCUUACUCCUGCUGCUGCUGGGGAGGAGGGAGAGGCGUUGUUCACGCCAAUGCGGGAUAACUCGACCGAGAUGUGGGCGAUGUCGAGAGCCUCCAGGUUUCUAUCCGUCGCGGCGUUUUGGGCGUCGCACACUUGUUCCGUGUACGCCACGAAGGCCCUCCUGUCGCGUCCAGGCAGGACCCUUCGUACUGUCGUGCUCAUCACUUGGUUCCAGUGCCUGGUGAGCUUCAUGCUGGUUCUGUCGCUAGGAACCCUCGGAGAUCGCCAGGACUCCAGGAAGGGGGCAUGGCGAAGCGGGCUGCUGACCGAGAUGGCCCGGGCCCUGCCGCCGAACGCUCUCUUGGGCGGGUGGAACUCCAAGAGCUUGCUUGGGGGAGGUGCCGAGGCGGUGGGCUUGGCUUCGGUGCUCUUCUCCCUGGCCGUCUUCGCCGAUAACGCCUGCCUGGGGGUCGUCAACGCCUCGUUCUUUCAGGUUGCCAGAGCCCUCACCCUCCCGUUCGUCACCGUUAUGGGAGCUGUUGGAUCCAGAGCGCUGCCGCCCCGGGAUCUGCUGCUCCCGUGCGUGCUCUGUGUGGUGGGAUUCUCUCUGGGAGUUCAGUCGCAGACGCCGGAGGCCUUUGCUGACGGGACCUCGAUGGGGGUCAUGGCCAGCCUGCUGACGGCCGCGUACACCCGACUCCUGGCUCGUGCGGAACCGAGGGAGGCGUGGCGAGUGACGUACGUGACCAACAGAAACGCCUCGGUAAUUCUCGUGCCCGUGGCGGUAUACGUGGGCAUGGGAGACCCGAACGAUUUUUCGGGAGAGCCCUUCUUGCUCAAAGAUGGCAGCACGAUUCUUUUGGCGGUGAUGGCGACCUUGCUUCCCGCAGUUGCCGGGGUUUGCACCAUGUGGCAGGCGCAGGCACGGCUGGGGGCCCGGGGAUUGGCGGCCUCUUCGGUGGGCCGCGCGGCAUUCUCGCACCUCCUAGCAUUCCGCGUUUUUGGCAACGCCAAGGUGCUGAUCGGAGAGGUCGGCUGCUGCUUGGUGCUCACCGGGCUGGCGCUGUACGCAUCGUGCAGAGGAGGAGCCGCCGUGGCGCAAGCCGGCAACGUGGCCGUGCCCGGGGCGGCCCGCGAACACUUCUUGCCCGCCUCCUCCUCCUCGCCGUCCGUCCCGGCCCCGUCUGCCUCGCCGCCGUCGGAUACGGCUUCGGCUUCGGCGCCGUCGCCGGCAGGAGGGGCGGGAACAAAGCCCGGUCAUCAUCGCCUCGGCAAGAGGAAGGCCCCCCCGUUGCUAGGGAGGAAGACGUCCGGCCCGGCGUUUGGCGACGACAAAGAGGUGGAGUUCAACAGCCGCGAAGGCGGCGUCAACGGUAGGGAGGGGGCAACACCCGUCAAGCACCGAAGGCAUUUCCCGGGGGUGGGGAGAGGGGGUGGCGCCUUCCCCACGAGCUGGAGCAAGGAGGAUGAUAGAGCCGCUGGCGACGAUACCGUGGCGGCGGUCGAGGAGGGCGGGGGUACCUACAGAGACGAAGCUUCAUUCGAACGGCAUGAGUCCGAGAUAUCUCGGCCGCAGUUGUAGCGGCGACGGAGGUGGCAGCGUCGGCAUCAGCCAGAGCAACCGGCAAGGGGCCGCAGGUACAGUUCACACGCAAAGAGUUGGAUCGGCAUGGGCGACGGUGGGCGGGGUGAGAUCGGGACUACAUUUGAGUUUUUUAGCUGCCGUGCAGGUUGCUCGUUUGGAUUGGAGCUGAGCGUAAUUUCUUCGUGAUCGUCGGUGGGUUUCAAUUGGUGACGUUUUUUCUCCUGCAGCCGUGGUGGUGUUGGAGGCGGGGAUGAAUGUUGAACUAUUUGUUGUGUAUUGAGCUCCAUGGACGUCGCAUGCGAUUGAAUGGUGGAUUGAGCCAGAAGCGGCGAGUGUUCGGUGAUGUGCUUGUUACUCUACGCGUUUCGUGCUCCUCGACACCACUCUUGCCGACACGAGAGAGGGUGGGUUGGCAGUGGGUCCCGAUGUCCAGGCAGGAUGGCUCACGGACCAUUGUUUGGCUGUUGGUACCAAGCGUCGCCGUCCCGUGGUUGUCGGUGAUAAUUUUACUGUACCCUUUCGGCGUGGUUGGUUUGGGUUGGCGCACGGACAUUGUAAGCACACGUGGUGGUAAACAGUCUUAGGUGAUAUAGCGUGGUUACUUCCUGUGGUCCGCUUCUCUUGUUUGUGUAAAAUGUUGAUAGUCAUAGGCCCCGCGCAUGCUGUUGCAAGCGCCCUCGUGUAACUUGUUGCAGUUGAUUUGAUUAGAUCGGGCUUACUUGCUUCACAGGGUGCGAGGAUAGGUUCUUCAGGUCUUCUUGUUUGGCGCGGUGUUCCUUUUUUAGUAUUUUUUUUGAAUCGGUUGAACGUGAGCUUCCCACUGGUUGUGGUUGUAAGACUUGUUCCAGGGACACCCGUUUUCGCUGCGUGCAUGUCGGGCUACAUGCAGUUUGGUCUUGCCGCCGCAGUUCCUUCGCAAUGGUUAAAAAACCCUUCGCAAGGGUAAACAAAUACUUGAGCCCUCUUGGUUGUGCAGAGUUACAGCAAGUGCUGGCCAAGCCGGCUCGUUAGUAGCAUAUCUUCACAAGGAUUCGAGGGUCCGGUAGUGUAAGUAAAUUAAGCAUCUCUUCGUAAUAUAUUAUUGUUCCAGCCGCCGACACCACGCUGCUCCUACUUCCCAUGUGGUAGC